GGUUUUGUGCCGGAGGCCGGAGCACACAGUGUUGCAGCCUAGACUCCGGAUUACCAGUUGGAGGAAGACAACUUCUGAGGUUCGGCUGUGCAGCAAGUAACGGCGGGGCGAGGGAUCCAGAAGCUCCGGCGGACCUUGGGGCAGACCCUCUCCACGCAUCGAAAGGACGGAAGAGUCCUAGUGUUCUACCUAGUGGGGUGAAAUUUCAGGACGGUGGAUAUACGGCAGGUUUGGGUGGAAAAUGCGGUAACAUACGUUGUGGUAUUUGUCGAAUUCUGCUUUUCUGGGAACAAUGGUCUGGGUGCCGUUUGUUCACGUGUUGUUUUGCAUAUCUUUGGGUCGAGCUUUCGCCCGGUUUGCACGUGCUUUAUUUGCAUUUGUUUGCUUUUAGUUGACUGGGUAUUUUGUCGAUAAGCACACAGUACAGUGAGGCAGCAUAGACUCCAGUUUGACAGUUGGAGGAAGACAACUUCUGAGGUUCAGCUGUGCAGCAAGUAACGGCGGGGCGAUGGAACCAGAAGCUCCGGCAGACCUUGGGCAGACCAUCUCCACGUAGCGAAAGGACGGACGAGUCCCACAUAGUGGGGGGAAAACUUCAGGAUGGCUGAGAUAUGGCAGCUCAGCCCGGAUUCCAGCUCUCCCAGGCCGAGGAAGGCGACUACCACAGCGCGACUGAGAUGCAGCAAGCUCUGACAGACUUUUGGCGGCCUCUUCACAUAUUGAAAGGGCGGAAGAGUCCUACCUGGCGGGUCGAAACGUCGGAUGUUAAAGAUACGGCAGAUCAGCCCGGUUUCCAGCUCUCCUGUGCCGAGGAAGGUGACUACCACAUCGCGACCGAGGUGCAGCAAGCUGCGACAGAGCGUUGGAGCCAGCAAGCCGAGCAUUCCCAACACAUAUGGCAGUUCUUCGCGGCAUCGACACUAGACGACAGCCGUCACGGAGCGCAUGGCUUUGGUUAUUUCAGGGAGGCGUGCACGUUUUUGGUGACAUCGAUUUGAGGCGGGAUUCCCCUCAGAUAUUUUGUCUUUAUGUCUGUUGUUGCUGUUUUGAAGUGUUUGGUUUCCCUCUAAUUAGGGAUAUUUUCUUUUACCGUUGUUGUUUGUAAAGUUUUGCUUGUGUUGACACAGUGACGGCGACACAGACCUGGACUAUUAA